AUGCAUCCCUCAAGCAAGCUCUCCCGCAAGGAGACUUGGCGUCUACUAGCCCUCGUGGGGGCCGGCUUAGCGAUACUCAACACCACGUUCCAAGGCGAUGGGGCGCCUUUAGUGGCUUCAAUUGCACUAUGUGGCAUAGUGUUUGCGGUGGCUUUCAGCCUUAUCAGGUGGCUCGGGCCUGUAUUUUUGAAGGCAGGACUUAAGGGCAAAGACAUGGCAAAGCCUAGCCGGCCCGAAAUACCUGAAACCAUGGGCGCAGUCUGCGCAGUUGUGUAUCUGAUGUCACUCAUUAUGUUCAUUCCGUUUGCCUUCUACAAGGAUAUCGUUGCGGCCACAUCCGGCGGUGGAAACCGUGACGUUGUGAUUGAAUCGCAACAUAUUGAAAAUGGUCGAUUCCUUCAUCGAUUCCCACAUGGCAAACUCGCCUCUUACCUUUCUGGUCUUUUGUCUUUGCAAUCUGUCGUGAUUCUCGGAAUCGGUGAUGAUCUAUUCGAUAUUCGUUGGAGACACAAAGUCCUGAUCCCUGCUUUCUCCGCAAUUCCAAUGCUGAUUGUGUACUUUGUUGACUUUGGCGUCACGCAAGUCGUCGUGCCGAUGCCGCUGCAACCCUACCUGGGUGAUGUUGUUGAUCUUGGAUGGCUGUACUACAUAUACAUGGCGGCGGUGGCAAUCUUCUGUCCAAAUGCGAUCAACAUGUUGGCAGGUAUUAACGGUAUCGAGGUCGCUCAGUCACUAGUGAUUGCGAUGCAAUUGCUAUUCAAUGAUGCCAUGUACCUUGCACCCAUGACACCAUACCCGCACCCUGCCACGGACUCGCACUUAUUAUCGAUAUACUUCCUGCUCCCAUUCAUUGGUGUAUCAGCAGCCCUUCUGUUCCAUAAUUGGUAUCCGUCGAAGGUGUUCGUGGGCGAUACGUACUGCUAUUUUGCAGGAAUGGUGUUUGCCGUGCAAAACCUUGUUGCUGCUGUUCAUUCCGCAAAUCUUCAAUUUUCUGUACUCAACCCCCAGCUAUUUAAGCUCAUUCCUUGUCCUCGCCAUCGAUUGCCAAAAUUCAGCGCUUCCACGGGGUUGCUGGACGCUUCUGUCACGGAAUGGACGAAUCCCCCGUCGCCUCUGAUCGAUACCGCACUCCGCUUACUACGCAGCUUGAGAUUGGUGCGGAUUACCCAAGAUGAGAAUGGUCGGAUUACUGAAUCAAGUAAUCUUACUAUCUUGAAUCUUUGGCUGGUGUGGAUGGGUCCAAUGCGAGAAGACCAACUUGCGUGGCACAUGGUUGCAGUACAAACUGUCUGUGGAAUGCUCGGUCUGUUUGUACGACAUCGCCUCGCGUUGCUCGUAUUCCCCCACGAUAACAGGGAAUUCGGUUUCAUCGUAUAG